ACCAUUGAAGAGCUGGAGAAGGAGCUGCUGAACGGGCAGAAGCUCCAGGGCCCGCAGACCUCGGCCGAGGUGUACCGCAUCCUCCACCAGAAGGGGCUGCUUGACAAGUUUCCUCUCUUCACAGCGGUGUAUCAGAUCUGCUAUGAGGGCAAGCCUGUCGCACAGAUGCUGUCCUGCCUGCAGAGCCACCCGGAGCACCUCUGAAGGCAGUCGAGCAGCCACCAGGGGCAGCUCCGCCUUGCCCGUUGCAGGACUAGCCAGAAAACCAGGGCGUGGCAGCGAGACCCCUGCUGGACUGCGCUCCAAUCCUGAACACAGAUCGUUACAGCUUGAUUUCUGUGCCGGGAGAACCGCAGCACAUCACCGGCUAAGAUGUGCUGGAUAACAGCUAAACACGCACAUGUGAGCGUGUGUGUGUGUGUGUGUGUGUGUGUGUGUGUGUGUGUGUGUGUGUGUGGUGUGUGUGUGUGUGUGUCUGUCUGUGUGAACCUUUCUCAUUCUGUGGGUGUUUCUCUGAACCCCAAUCAGGUGUCUAUUUUAUGACCACAUUUUAAAUUUCCCCUCCAGGGCAGCUUUCGAGAUAAGAACUCACUCAGCUAAAUUUUAUGGGUGUGACUUGUUUAUAUGCGAGUAAAGGGAAAAAUUAAUUUUUCCUUCCGAAAUAGUUAUCCAGCAUUAAAAAGGUAUGUGAAAGGUGUGUGUCUGAAGACCACCACAGUUCACUUUUAAAUAGCAUCUCAGAGCCAGCAGGAUGAGCUCUGUGGAAUGUGGGUGAAUCACUAAAUAAUCAGGUGUUUUAAUUAGAUAAUACACUUACACAUUUCUUCUUGUUAAAGAUACACAUUUCUGGCCUCUGGCCUCUUAUUGGCUGCUGGAAUGGGCUUUUCCACAGACCCAGCGAUGGUAGAGGAAGGGGACAUCCCUGCAGUGGCUGGCAUUCCUUCUGGGGACACGUUGUCUUGCCCUUUGCUGGGUGGACUUUUUUGCAGCUGUGUCUCUUCAAGCUCAUGCAACCUGGAAAGGGGCCAGGUGACUCCUCAUGUCAGAAGCCACAGCUAUACCUGCUCACCCAGGGACAUGGAUGGGGCCUGCUAGGAUGUCCCCAGGCCUCUCUGACCGCUAGCUCUUUGUAGGAAUGCAGCUUUUCCUGAGGCCACACGAGGGCUUCCUGCCUUGGAGAUGUGUGUGGCAGAGUCUCCAGUCCAAGUAGUGUCUCCAAUCCAGCAGGGUCAUUGAACUCUUAAGAAAGCCAGCUCCUAAGCCUCAAGAAAGGCCCCUGUGUUUCAAUAUGCCUUCCAUCCAUUUCUGAUGCUCACUACAACCUGAGAGGCACUGCAUUAGCAAAGCCUUCAUUGAACAAUAUUUAUAGGAGAUAAGUAUCCUGUGGCCUUCUGGCUAUGCCAGGUGGACCCCGGCAUGGCCAGGUGAGUUUGGGAAAGGUUGCCUCUUCAUAUUUUCCUAGAAGGGGUAGCCUGUAUGCUUGGAACCUCACUAGAACCUGUUAAUAAGUCCCAAAUACAUUAGACUAUGAGAGAUUUUUUUUUUUUUUUACUAGAAUAUUAGCCAAAAUUUCUAAAGAACCCUGCUUUAGAGUGAGGAGGUGACCCUCACUCUCGGUAGGCAAUCAGGAUGCCCAACUACCUGUGAGAGUCUGUCUAUGUAGCCUGGGCUGGCCUUGAACUUGUCACCUUCUUGCCUCUUGUCUCCUGAGUAGCUAGGACUGCCACACCCAACUGGUAUUUUGCCGUUUCUGAACUUUCUGAAUCCUUGAAGCUCUCAGGUGACGGGGUUAAGAACAGACAAGUAGAUGCCAACGUCACUGAAACGCACACUAUAUGGAGUAAGUGCUUUGGAACCUAGAAUUAGAAUGGAAAUGGUAUCUUUAUUUAAAAAUUAGGCAUCCCAUGAGUGUGGAAAGAACGUAUGAAUGUGAUACAAUCAUUGCUUUUAGCUUUCGAGAUUUCCCACUUCUCCCUCACCAUGGGUUCGGUAUGCACCGCCCCACUCUACACCCCUAAUAUCAUUGAAAAUGAUUGUAAAAUAAAUUUUUAUGGGAUUUUUUUUAACUAUCUAAAAAGACUUUAGGACAUUGUAAAGUCUCACGCCUAAAAGCCUACAGAAGCGCACAGCAGGAAAAUUUCAGUUUUGUAAUGAUGUCUGUCAAUUGAUUUUUUUUUCUUGUCUCCUGAUAAGUCUUUUUUAAAGCUUGUACAUAUGUAACAAAGAGUUACUUUUUGAGAUAUCCAAAGGGCUGUAAGCUAAUGUGUGUCUACAAAGUAGGACAAUGAGGAGCUGUUAACAUCUUGGGUUCUGCAUCCUCAUUUACGUUCACCCUCUCUCGGGACUUGUAGUUCCGGGUCCUUCGUUCCUUCCCCCAUGAAUGCCCCUACUGGCUGAUGUCCCAGGAGUCAGCUGAUGUGCUUAUCAUAACCCACACUUGAUGGAAACAGUAAGGCAUCACUCUGUGAGUUACCCAUUGUUGUGGCCACCUGCUAAUUGGUUUCUUCUGAGCUGUGGCAACAGAACCAGAGACACCUAGCCUAGAAACUCCAUCUGCGAAUGUAAAACUAGACUCUUGCCUUGCUGCUCUCUUCCCCACCACAGUUUGGGACAAAUCUCUGUCUGGAAUCCACCCCUGGGGCUGAGCUGAGUCUGCCUUCUGGUGUCUUAACCACUGGCCUAGGAGGCUGCUGUGGUAAGAUAGCAGCGUCCAAACAGUUGUUUCUCUGCCACUUCUGGUUGGCUGGCCUCUUCCAUAUGUACUGUAUCUGUUUACGGACUGUAGGUGGAUGUGUAAUUUACAGCUCGAUUUAAUAAACACAACCUCUCAAACCUG